AUGACAGUGUUUCCACAGUUUUCUUCUUUCAGGUUAUUGAGGGAUCGACGUCGUAGACAAGGGUCUUUUGAUAGUAGUGCUAGUUCAGAAACAGGACAACUCAGUGCAUUUGUUCUUGGUAAGAAGAAAUCUGAAAGCAAAAGCUGGUGGCGCCGACCUAUUGUUAAAAGUAAACCUGGUGAUACUGAUGAGUGUAGUUUUGGGUUUCCAUCUUCUACAGAUUCAACAGAUUGUGUUAGUCUUAAUAAUGAAUGCACUAUUAAAAUGGCAACACUUGAGAGAAGUGGAAGCUUCUCAGGUCACUCCCAGACUAAGACUCACAUUUGGGCAACUAUAUACGAGGGUUUCAAGCAGGUAAUACCAUGGAAGAGCAAAAAAUCAAAGAAAGAAGCGCUUCUCGGCUAACUUUCGAUAUCAGCUAUUAUGUUGAUUAAAUGAAGACUUGAUAUAGUUGCUUUCUCUAUUU